GUUCGCGCCGUGUUUAUGCAUGCGCUGGGGGUGAACCGUGCACUACAGGAGCGCGUGCGCGAGUCACGCGCGGAGGCAGACGCGCGGGAAGCACGAACAGAAGCGGCAGUGUUUUUCAAACGGAGAAAAGUAACGGUUGCCAUGGAGACUGCUCUGCUGUUCCUGUGCUCGCUGCUGGUGUAUGUGGCCUCCGAAGAUAUCAGCAACGUCAACGAUAAAGAUAAGGAUAAAGAACUGGACCCCUUCAACUACGACUACAAGACCCUGCGAAUCGGGGGGCUGGUGUUCGCUGUGGUCCUCUUCACUCUGGGGAUCCUCCUCAUCGCAGAAGAUGCCGCUGCAGCUUCAACCAGAAGCCCAGGGUCCCAGGAGAGGAGGAAGCUCAAGCAGAGAACCUCAUCACUUCCAAGGUGUCAGCCACUGCUGAAACACCCAAAGUGGAGAACUGAGAGAUCAGUGGCAGGCUGACCGCUGACCAGGCCCCUGAACCUGGCUGCCUGGCCGCUGACUGACCGCUGCGAUGAGAUCCUGUCUGAGGAGAGUGAGAGGAGCCAGUUUCACAGCGAGCAGCACUGACAGCCGCUGGCUCUGUACUGUAUAUAAACCUGCAGUGUCCUGUACCGUCACACUGUCCCUGUGCUCUGUACUAUAUAUAAACCUGUAGUGUCCUGUACCGUCACACUGUCCCUGUGCUCUGUACUGUAUAUAAACCUGCAGUGUCCUGUACCGUCACACUGUCCCUGUGCUCUGUACUAUAUAUAAACCUGCAGUGUCCUGUACCGUCACACUGUCCCUGUGCUCUGUACUGUAUAUAAACCUGCAGUGUCCUGUACCGUCACACUGUCCCUGUGCUCUGUACUGUAUAUAAACCUGCAGUGUCCUGUACCGUCACACUGUCCCUGUGCUCUGUACUGUAUCCUGUCUUCAGUAGCUGUUGGCCGGUGUAGCGUUGUUACCUGUCCUGUAUUGCCGGGGGAAUGUAUUUUUUUAUUUUAAAUCUAGAAAUAAAUAUCAUUUUUAAUAAGUGCCGAUGCAGCUCUGUAUUUACCCUGUGGGUUGUGGUUGUGCUUGCUUGCUCACAGGGUGAAAUCCCUGCGGACUGCCCGGACUGGUUAACUGGGUGUUAAUAACCCGUGCUCAUGUUGGUGUUGUAUCCGCUGUGCGAUUCUUUCAAACGAAGCGCCGCCGUGUUAAUCACAAGACCCACGAUCAGGUUCAGCUUCACGCUACAAUAUAUAUAUUCCCUGUGUGCUGUCUGCUGCAUCGAUUAUUAAUGCAGUCACUUAUUCUGUUGCUGCAGUGAGUUUACUUGUUCUGUGUGAGAGUGUGUGUGCGUGAGUGUAUCGAUGUGUGUGUCUGCGGGAGUGCAUAUAGUUCACAUUUACAAUCUCAUACAGAUUAUUAAACUGAGGUGAAUAUAACGUCUAUGGAUUCUGUAAUAAUUAAUAAUAAUAAUGCUGUCAAUGUGCUGCCGUAUUGAAAGACUUGUAUAUGUUUGUGUUGUUAUCACAGACAAUAAAAAUUGAAACAGCUCUCA